AAAUUGACAUGCAAUGAUCGUCUAAAAAUCGUAAUAUCGGUGAAACAAAGUGACACGUGCUUUAUGAAUUAUGCCAAAUUAAUUUCAAUUCAGAAAAUUCAUGAAUAUACAAACAGCUGUUUCGUAUUUUUUUUUUUUACUUUGAAGAUUCUUUUGUUUUUAAAAAAUGAUGUCCACGAUAUUUAGCCGUAAUUUUUGCAGCCUAAUUAGGCAUUCGUUAUCAGUUCAAACGAUACGGCCAUUAACAUUAUCACAUCUUCGUAAUGGUCAGAAGAAUAUUGCUUGGUAUCAUUACAUUCCUAAAUCAUCUGGUCAUUUUCAAACGUUACGAAAUUCUUUGCGAAAAUUUUCAAAUACCCCAGAAUUAGAUGCUAUUCAAUUACGGCGAAAUCGUAUCAUUGGAUUCUGGCUACUAUCAUGCGCCGGUUUGACAUUCGUAACGAUAUGUAUCGGUGGCAUUACUCGAUUGACAGAAUCCGGAUUAUCUAUGGUCGAUUGGCAUCCAUUCAAAGAACUACCACCAUUCAAUAAUGAUCAAUGGGAACAAGAAUUUGAAAAAUAUAAACAAUAUCCAGAAUUCAAAGUCAAAAACAAAGAAAUUACAUUGGAUCAAUUUAAACGAAUCUGGUACAUGGAAUAUGCUCAUCGAAUGUUAGGUCGUACAAUUGGUGCUCUAUAUUUCAUACCUGCUGCAUUGUUUUGGUCACGGAAUUGGUUAAAUAAAUCCACAAAAAUUCGUGUAGGAAUAUUUGGUUCACUGUUAGCCGCUCAAGGAUUACUCGGAUGGUAUAUGGUCAAAAGUGGUCUAGAAGAGAAAGAAGUUUAUACACAUGAACCUCGUGUUAGCCAGUAUCGUUUGGCCGCUCAUCUGGGUACCGCUAUGGUAUUCUAUACACUUAUUUUCUACAAUGGUCUUGUUAAUAUUUGGCCUGAUAGUUUGAUUAAAGGCACGCCAGCCGUUACCAAACAAUUGAUACGUUUCAAACGAUUAGCUGCCGGAUCUAAAUUGUUCAUAUUUGCCACAGCAUUAUCCGGUGCUUUUGUUGCCGGUUUAGAUGCUGGAUUAGUAUAUAAUUCAUGGCCAAAAAUGGCUGAUCGUUGGAUACCUACGGAUAUGUUACGACAACAGCCAUUAUGGAGAAAUUUUUUUGAAAAUCCAACUUGUGUUCAAUUCGUACAUCGACAUCUUGGUGAAAUAACCGCUUUGUUUGUUAUGGGUUUAUGGGCAUCAUCAUUAAAAUUGAAGCUACCAUCAAAAGCACGAAUAGCAACGAAUUUAUUGGCCUUAGCGAUAUUAACACAGGUGACAUUGGGCAUCACAGCAUUAUUACAAUAUGUACCAAUUGAAAUUGCUUCAGCACAUCAAGCGAAUGCAAUGGUUACAUUAUCAAUAGCAUUAUGGUUAUCAAAAGAACUACGGUGGAUUAAAAAAUUGCCAAAAUAAUAAUAAUAACAUAUAUAUGUCAUUGAUUUGAAUUGUUAUUCCUAUCAGGAGUUUUUUUUUGUCA